AUGCCUUUCCAUUUCCUUAAAAAAGGUACAAUUGCAAAAGAGAAGGGAAAAAAAAAAGAAAUUGAAAACUUUAAUAUAGGAGGUUCCAAUUCAGAUACCAACAGUAAUAGUUAUAGUAAUACCAACUUUAAUACAGAUGAUUUUGUCAUUGACACAUUUUUAUCAUUGGAUGCACUCAAAGCAGAAUAUGAAAACACUUCCAAUACAACAUAUUUCCUAAAUCCAACUAGUAUAAACACUACCAACGGUGAACCACACUACAACACCAGUGGUUAUUAUAAUAGUGCAGAGAAUUAUAAGACUAAUAGUACUACUAUAACAACAAGUAAUAUAACAAACAAUGUAAAAUCAUCCAGUAGUAAUAGUAGCCAUGUCAAGAAUAUAAAUGAUGAUGUUUUUUUAAAUACUGACAUAAAGACGUGGGACGUUGACACUGUAAUCCGGUGGUUAAAAUCUCUAAGGUUUGAAGAAGAAAUUAUCAAAAAUUUUGAAAGCGAAAAAGUUGAUGGUGUGGCAAUGUUCAUUUUGUAUGAAAAUAACGAUUUUUUGAAAAAUUUAGGUUUUACUCAUAUAGGUCCAAGACUUAAAUUUCAAAAAGGAAUCGAAGAAAUUAUAGAAUCAAAAAAAUUGAACUCAAAAAGAUUUAAACGUAGAAAAGAUGUAAAUAGUAAAAUUAUGGAAAGCUUGAAAAAUAAAAUUCAAAAUGAUAAUGAUAAUGAUAAUGAUAAUAAUAAUAAAACCAUAUCCAAUGACAAUAACGAAAAACAACAAGAAAAGGAGGAAAAAGAAGAAAAAGAAGAAAAAGGAGAAAAGGAAAAAGUGGAAAAAGUGGAAAAAGUGGAAAAAGUAGAAAAAGAAGAAAAAGAAGAAAAAGAAAAAAUAAUUGAAAAGGAACAACAGGAACUAACUAAGGAACAAAUUGAAAAUGAAACAGAAUUAGAAAAAGAACAACAAAAUAAUAUUUUAAAUAGUGAAAAGGACCAAACUAUCAUACCAGAAACUAAACAGGAAGAGCUAGCCAAAUCUGAUGAAAAGGGACCAGCUGAAGGAACUAAAACUACCAAAGCUGAAGUGCAUGUUGACGAGAGUGAAAUUGAUCUCGAUGAUUACGAAAAGGAACAAGAGGAGUUUUCAAUUGAUGCAAAUUCAGAUAGUGACACAGUAACAUUUGCUAAACAUAAUAGACAAAAAAUAGAUAAAAAUAGUGAAAAAUAUAAAAAGAUACUCGAUAUUAGAAAUAAAAGAAGAAAAAAAGUAAUUUUAAAACCAUUGUUUCCUGAAGAAAACAAUUUUAAUAAUAGUAACAAUAAUAAUAAUAAUAAUAAUAACAAUAACAAUGAUAAUAAUAGUUAUGAUAAUGAAAGUAACAUAAUAGAUAAUAAUAUAAAUAAUAAUAAUAUAGAUAAUAUUAAUAAUAAUAGUAUCAAUGUAUGUAAUAACAAUCAAUUUCAAUAUAAUGAAGGAUUAGAAUAUGGUGAUGAUGAAAGGGAAAAUGAUGAACCUAUUAAUCAAGAAGUUAAUAUUGUGGCAAAUAAAAUGGAUGAACCAAUAAAAGAACAGGGUAGUGAGGAUACAACUGAAGAUACACCUCCAAGUAUAGAAUUUCAAAGUUUAAUGGAUAGUUUAUCAAAUUUAAUAAGAAAACAGAAUGAAUUUGAAACUCCAGCCUAUAGAACUUAUGAUAGAAAUAGUAACUUUAGAAACAUGUAUCAUAUCGAAACCAGAAUAGUAAACCAACAGGUUAUUACCGAUUAUAGAAACAAUAAUAAAGCUGAUGCAUACAAUAGAAGAUUAGAAGGUGCAUUUUUAGAUAUUGAAAAGGGUGUUAAAAUUGCAUACGAUCCAAUAGAGGAAUGGAAGAAAACUGAAAGUGGUCAAGAGCUAUUCGCAAAAUAUACCGAUCUAAAGGAUCAACAUAAACUAUUACAACAAAGAACAAAAGCUAUAAAUUUACGUUACAGACAAAUUAAUUCCUUCACAACUAUUACAGCAUCCCCAAUUUACGAAGAAAAAAUUGAAAAAAUUGAAAAACUUGGUAAAAAAUAUAAAGAAAACCCAAUACCACAAGAGACACCUCCACCCCCUCCAGAAGAGCCAAAAAAAAUAAAAAAAAAUAAACAUAAUCAAACAUCAGCUUUAUAA